CACCAUCUUGUUGUCCAAUGGCAGGCAGACAUCUGUUCGCUGGAGCGACUCUAAAAUAUUAUCUUCUCUUCUCUUCCGUCUCCAUAAGGUAUUCAGCACUUCUCAGCAAGUACAUCGACAGCAGUGGAAAGUAGAGCUUAGAUGGGGAAAAUGCAAGUCUUGGGUGUAGUUGCGGUAAUGUUAGCAGUGUACUGCGUACAUGCAAAGGUUUAUUUUCGGGAGGAGUUUCUGGAUGGUGAUGAAUGGAGAAGUCGCUGGAUGAACUCCAAACACAAAUCUGACUAUGGAGAGUGGAAACUAACGGCUGGCAACUUCUUUGGAGAUGCUGAUAAAGACAAAGGUCUGCAAACAAGCCAGGAUGCUCGUUUCUAUGCUGUCUCUGCCCGUUUUGAUCCAUUCAGCAACGAGGGCAAACCUUUGGUCAUUCAGUUUACAGUCAAGCAUGAGCAAAAGAUUGACUGUGGUGGUGGCUAUGUGAAGGUCUUCCCCGCUGAAUUGGAUCAGGCUGAAAUGCAUGGAGAAUCCUCAUACUACAUCAUGUUUGGCCCUGAUAUCUGUGGCUACAGCACCAAGAAAGUCCAUGUCAUCUUCAAUUACAAGGGCAAGAAUCACCUCAUCAAGAAAGAGAUUAAGUGCAAGGACGAUGAGCUGACCCACAUGUACACGCUGAUCCUGAAUCCAGAUCAGACCUAUGAGGUGAAGAUUGAUAAUGAGAAGGUAGAAUCUGGCAGUCUGGAGGAUGACUGGGACUUCCUGCCUCCUAAGAAAAUUAAGGACCCCGAAGCCAAGAAGCCAGAGGACUGGGAUGAUCGUGCCAAGAUUGACGAUGCUGAUGACACCAAGCCAGAGGACUGGGACAAACCUGAAAACAUUCCAGACCCUGACGCUAAAAAGCCUGAAGACUGGGAUGAGGAAAUGGACGGAGAGUGGGAGCCACCCAUGAUCCCCAACCCAGAGUACAAGGGAGAAUGGAAACCAAAACAGAUCGACAACCCCAACUACAAAGGAUCCUGGGUGCAUCCUGAGAUUGACAAUCCUGAAUACAGUCCUGAUUCGAACAUUUACAAGUUUGACAACAUUGGUGUUUUAGGUCUUGAUCUUUGGCAGGUGAAAUCUGGUACCAUCUUUGACAACUUCCUGAUCACAGACGAUGUGAAGGAAGCAGAAGACAUUGCAAACGAAACAUGGGGUGUGACAAAGGAACCAGAGAGGAAAAUGAAACAGGAGCAAGAUGACCUGAAACGAAAAGAAGAGGAGGAGAAGAACAAAGAACAAGACACUGAAGCUGCUGCUGAUGAUGAUGAUGAUGACGAUGAAGACAUUGACGAGGAGGAAGAAACAAAGGAUGAAGUAGAGGAGGCACUUUCAGAAAUGGAUGACGAGGAAGGGAAGCUUAAAGAUGAGCUUUGAGGAGGUGUGGCCAGAGAUUUUGUCUGUCCCUCCUUUAGAAACUCUGUAUUUCCCAGGGGUAUUGUGGCUGCUGUGCAUCCUUUCCCUGAGAUUUGGACGCAACCCAAUUUGGGGUAGUGUAGGGUGGCAAGUGGAUGUUAAUGGACUUAGUUUCUCUUUCAUUUUGGUAAUGAUAUUACCCUAUUGCCCCUGAACUGCUGGAUUGAUUCUAAGAUUUUCCACCUACAAAGUCCAUUCCUCAUUUUGUAAUAACAGAGAAUAGGAGGCACUGACAUCUACUGUGUUCUUGAUUAUUUUUUUCUUUUUUUUUUUUUUUUAUCUACACAUCUACUUAGUUUGCAGAUUCCCUUGCACAGGUUGCACAGUUUACUAGAAGCUGUAGUAAAUAUGACAAAUUAAAAUAGCAGAGACUAAGGAUUAUCCAGUCAGAUUUUACCUUCAUUGUCCACAAAAUUUGGUGAAACAUAAAAUGGACAUAACUGAAAAUAUAAUGCAUAAAUCUUUUAAGACAUACUGCACAAAAAAUCACAAAAUACAGACAGAAAUCAAGAGUAAUGUAAUGUAACUUAUGCUGGUUAUGUCUGUGGCACUGACUUAUUUUCCUUUCCACACUCUUUAAGGUAUAAUUGAAUGAAUUGUUUAGACAUAAAUUAAUCUUCAUCUAAGUACACAAUGACAUUGUUUUUCUACAUUGAAAUGGCAUGAAUUCAACAUGUCUUCAUAGUAAUGUGAUGGGACCUGCAUUAUAUCUUCACUGUCUGGAGAAACAGAUGGUGAGCCCCCGGUGUGACUUGUGACAUCACUAAGGGUCACAACAGUUAUUUUUAUUGGACAGAAUGUUAUUGAUACCAAAGUUUUUAUUAAAAGAUUAUAACCUUA